AUGGCUGAUUCAUUAAAGAAUGUCAUUGCUCAGAGUCUGGAGUGUCCUGUAUGUUUGAAUACCUUCACCGAUCCCAAGAUCCUGUCUUGUUCUCACACCUACUGCAAGGCCUGUCUAGACAACCUCUUGGAAUGCCAUGGUAACGACCAGAUGCUCCGAUGCCCUGUCUGCAGAGCUGAAACCCAGGUCUCAAACCAAGAUGUCAGCAAAUUACCGGCAAAUCUAGCUUUGAGGUCUCUCAUAGAGGACGUGAAGAAUCACUAUCAAUUUUGCUCGAUUUGUAAAUCCGAGGACAAGACGCAAGCUGUUGUCUACUGUCAAGACUGUGGCAAGUAUCUCUGUAUCACUUGCCACAACACACACUCUCUGUGGCGAGACUUCAUCAGUCAUGAUGUCAUAGCCAUAAGUGAGAUCGAAUCAUGGAAGGUGUCAGUACGUGGAUACCGUAAGUGCAGGAAACACCCAAAAGAGGAUGAGGAGUGCUUCUGUUCCGACUGCAGGAGAUUUGCCUGCUUCAGGUGUGUUGUCAUGGAGCAUAAAGACGAAGGACAUCGGAUCAUCGAGGCAGCUGUUUAUGAGAGCAGCCAUAUGAAGAGUAUCGAGGUCCUCAAAUCCACGGCGGAAAAAAAACGCUCUUGUUUUCAGAAAUAUGUUGAUUUCAUUGAUGAACAGAGGGAGCGUGUGAGCAAUGUUCAGAAGCAGUGUACAGAUGAUAUCAACAAAGCAUAUGAAGAAUCAGUCAAGCAGUUAACAAAGAAGAAAGAAAUCCUUAUUGGCGAAGUCAAGGGUAAGACCGAAGGAGUAGAGAAAGAACUGGACGAACUGAAGAAAUCGGCUCAGGAGCACAUCACUCACUUGACCAACAUAGCCGACGUGGUAACCAAUAGGACAAAGAUACCGUUAGAUAUGGAUGCUUUGGCUGCACACGACACUCUACGUCAAGACUUACAAGAGGCCUUGAAACAAGAAGAUCCUGACUACAAGCAGCCGAUGCAGUCGAGCAAGAAAGGGGAAAGUAUCAUUUUCAAGAGAAACGGUGGAAUGGAGGAGCUAACUCUCGGUAAGAUCGUAAAUGGAGUUGCAAAGAGUAUCGCUUUGCCUUCUAAGGAUAGCAUGAAUGCCAUGGUUAGUACACCAGACGGUAGGAUGGCAGUGGGAUGUAGAACAGGUGGCGUGGAGAUCUUCUCUGCUGAUGGCCAGAUCAAGCAGACAGUGUUCAAACAUGUGGAGAUUCUUGGAGUAGGGUUCCUCUCUGAUGAUCGGUAUGUAAUACUUGAUGCAUCAAACAAUAUCACACUAUACACACUAGAGUACACAAAGUUGAAAGUUAGGUUUGAGACUCUAAGUAGCGUUGAAGGUGGAAUUGCUAACCUCACUGUAGACGAUGAUGAUCAGAUCUAUGUUAGCUACUGGAAUGCCCAGAAGAUCCAGGUGUUCUCACCAGCAGGGGGAAAGGCAAUCUGGGAGAUACCAUGCGAUGGGUAUGUUCCUGUGCAAAUUACUAGUUAUAAUGAUUACCUGAUCAUCGCAUCUGGUAAUACAAUACGAUUGAUUGACAAGCAAGGUGAUGUAAAAUAUGAAUUAGCGAAAUCAGGUGAUUUUGUACGUGCUGUUGUGUCUCAAGGGAAUACAAUCCUGACAGCCACCGUGAAGCACGAUGAAGGUUUCGUCAGUAUUGAUGAGUACUCUAACGAGCUGAAGCAUGUCCAAAACCUCGUCGGUGAUUACAAGAUUGAGAAGCCCGAGGAAGCGUGGUACUAUCUCCAGCAGUACAAAUCAGGAGAGAUCGCUUUCUGCACUCCUGAUAGACUCUAUAUAUUCUACUGA